CUGUUAUUUCUUUAUUCUUGGAUCCUCAUAAUGGUACAGUAGAGAUGAACGAAGGAAUAGUGACACUAAUAAUGAUAAUUUAUUUAGAUGAAUUAAAUGAAAAUGUGGAAGAUUCAGAUUAG